UCGAUUUCUCUUCGGCUCAGGCACAACUGAAAGGGCAGGACAGAGCAAAGAGUAACUGGAAAAAUGGAAACAUUUUCUGCAGAUGAAACAAAGUUAGGAGAGAACAGAAAGUUGGAACUAAUGGAUUCCCAAACAGAGAAAAUUAUUAAAAGAAGCACUCUUCGGAAAUAUAAGAUACUCAGUGCUGUUCUUUUCAUUUCUUUGGUGGUUGUAGCCCUUGGACUAGGUUUAGGACUUGGACUGAAGAAAUCUGUGCCACCACAAGUGAGCUGCAGAUACAGAUGUAAUGAAACAUUCAGUCAGGAGACAUCAGGCUGUAGCUGUGAUGACAAGUGUAUGGAACGCCAAGCUUGCUGCUGGGAUUAUGAGGAUACUUGUGUGCUACCAACUCAGAGUUGGUCUUGCAGUAAAUUACGUUGUGGUGAGAAGCGAAUGGACAAUGUAUUCUGCUCCUGUUCUGAAGACUGCUUGGAAAAAAAAGAUUGCUGUACAGACUACAAAAGCAUUUGCAAAGGAGAAACAUCAUGGCUGAAAGACCAAUGUGCCACUUCCAGUGCUGCCCAGUGUCCAGCAGGGUUUGAACGGUCCCCACUUAUUCUAUUUUCAAUGGAUGGCUUUAGAGCUGAAUAUUUGGAAACCUGGAGUGGUUUAAUGCCCAAUAUUGUAAAGCUCAAAACUUGUGGGACUCAUGCAAAAUACAUGAGAGCUGCUUAUCCAACCAAAACCUUUGUAAACCACUACACUAUUGUUACAGGCUUGUAUCCAGAAUCCCAUGGCAUAAUUGACAAUAAUAUGUAUGACGUGAAAUUCAACAAGAGCUUCUCACUUUCUGGAAGUGCCAAGUCAAAUCCUGCCUGGUGGGGUGGACAGCCUAUUUGGCUUACAGCAAUAUAUCAAGGUUUGAAGGCGGCCACCUAUUUUUGGCCUGGAUCUGAAGUGAAAAUAAAUGGAUCUUUCCCGACUAUCUACAAGGUGUAUAACAAUUCAGUUCCAUAUGAAGCAAGAGUUUCAGAGCUGCUAAAAUGGCUAGAUCUCCCCAGAUCUGAGAGGCCAGAUUUCUAUACAUUGUAUAUUGAGGAGCCUGACACAACUGGGCAUAAAUUUGGGCCACUUAGUGGAGAAGUAAUUAAGGCUUUACAAUUGGCAGAUCGGACCCUGGGAAUGUUAAUGGAAGGCCUGAAGCAAAGGAACCUGCAUAAUUGUGUCAAUCUUAUCCUUCUGGCUGAUCAUGGCAUGGAUAAAACAUUCUGUAAACAGAUGGAAUACAUGACUGAUUAUUUCAAUAAGAUUAAUUUUUAUAUGUAUGAAGGCGCAGCGCCUCGUAUUCGAGCAAAAAACGUUCCAAAAGACUUUUAUACAUUUGAUUCUGAAGAAAUUGUUAAAAAUCUUACAUGCCGAAAGCCAAAACAGCACUUUAAAGCUUAUUUGGCCAAAGACUUACCAAAGAGGCUACAUUACGUUAACAACAUUCGCAUUGACAAAGUUAAUCUUAUGGUUGAUCGGCAGUGGAUGGCUGUAAGGAGUAAAAGGUACAACAGGUGUGAUGGUGGUACCCAUGGCUAUGACAAUGAAUUCAGAAGUAUGGAGGCUAUCUUUGUAGCACAUGGGCCAGGCUUUAAGGAACAAAAUGAGGUGAAAUCUUUUGAAAACAUUGAAGUUUACAACUUAAUGUGUGAUCUCAUGAAAAUUAAACCUGCUCCAAACAAUGGAACACAUGGAAGCUUGAAUCACCUCCUAAAAACUCCUUUCUACGAUCCAACCCCAGCAGAAGAACAGUCUUCUCCUCUUUUGUGCCCUUUUGGCUCCUUGCCCAGUCCAGAUGUUUCAGGGUGUAUAUGUAGCUCAAUAACAGAUUUAGAAGCAGUGAAUGAAAGGUUAAACCUCAAUAAUCAAGCAAAAAUGGAGGCUGAAGCUCAUAAUUUGCCUUAUGGUAGACCCCAGGUUCUACAGAAGCACAGCAAGUACUGCCUCCUUCACCAGACUAAAUAUGUGAGUGCAUAUAGUCAAGACAUCUGGAUGCCACUAUGGAGCUCAUAUACUGUCAGCAAAUCACUGGUUAAUGCACCUUCUGUCCCUCCCACUGCUCCAGACUGUCUGCGGCUUGACGGUCGGAUCCCGGCAGCUCAGAGCCAAAACUGCUCCAGCUACCAGCCAGGCCUGACGGUCACCCACGGCUUCCUCUACCCUCCCAACUUCAGCUCAUCUGUUCUUGAGCAGUACGAUGCUCUGGUUACUAGCAACAUUGUUCCUAUGUACAAAGAAUUUAAAAGAUUGUGGGAUUACUUCCAUACGACCCUACUUCCAAAAUAUGCUACCGAGAGAAAUGGACUAAAUGUGAUCAGUGGGCCUAUUUUUGAUUAUAAUUACGAUGGGCACUUUGAUUCUCGUGACACAAUCACACAGUAAGUAAAUUC